AUCGGUACAUUCAAGUCUUUUUUUAAUAUACAACGUUGAAACAGAAACUUCCCUAUAACCAAUGUUAUCUCAGCUGUUUGUGUAAAAAGUGGGCAUUGUACUUGUUCUUCCGGGACACCAGGGGACGCUAGUGCACUGACUUACCGACACGUACAACGUUUACCUCCGUAGAAGAGCUGAGCUGUGUUUACAUCCUGUUCAUUAAAAAUGUCAAAUUUCGCACGUACAGUAAUGUUAUGUCAAGUUUCUUAUUAGUUACUAGUGAAACAUUAGUGUUCACAUUUGGACAAUAUAAUGUUUUUAAGUUUGUGUCUGCUCGUUGUCAGCACGCCUAAAGGAAACAUUUGACUACAAAAUUCACGCCUUCUGGACAUGUUCUGUUUUCUUGGGAACAAGUGGAUUAACUACUGGGUGAGAGUCAAGCAAAUAUUCUGUUGUCAUCUCAGAAGAUGGAGGGAGGAAACUUCGGCUACUCCCGAGACCCGCUGGACCGCCUCAUUCCGGACCGGGACUCGUCCGUGGUGAGCAAGUUCCAGCAGAGGUACUGGAAGACCAAGCAGACGCUCAUCAGGGUGACUGGGAAGAAGGAGGAUGAGUGCGUGGUGGCGUCGGACGCUGACUUGGAUGGCAAACUGGAGGUGUUCCACUCCAUUCAGAGGACAUGCAUGGAGCUGCUAAAAGUCAUCGAGCAGUACCAGAGGAGGAUCUGCUUUCUUUCCCAGGAGGAGAGCGAGCUGGGCCGGUUCCUGCGGUCCCAGGGUUCCCAGGACAGAAGCAGGGCUGGGAAGAUCAUGCAGGCCACAGGCAAAGCUCUCUGCUUCUCCUCGCAGCAGAGGCUGGUCCUGAGGAAGCCUCUGUGCCGCCUGUACCAAGAAGUGGAGACCUUCCGCUUCAGGGCCAUCUCCGACACCUGGCUGACGGUCAACCGCAUGGAGCAGACCAGGACUGAGUACCGCGGCGCACUCCUGUGGAUGAAGGACGUCUCUCAGGAGCUGGACCCGGACACGCACAAGCAGAUGGAGAAGUUCCGUAAGGUCCAGGCCCAGGUGCGCACCACCAAGGCCAACUUUGACAAGCUGAAGAGUGACGUGUGUCAGAAGGUGGAGCUGCUGGGAGCAAGUCGCUGCAACCUUCUCUCCCACGUCCUCACCUCCUACCAGGUACACAGCAGCACCACACACUUGUUGUCAGUGUCCUUCUUGUCCUUUGUCGCCUGGCAGACCACACUGUUGCACUUCUGGGAGAAGACCUUCCACACCAUGGCGGCCAUUCACGAGAGCUUCAAGGGCUGUCCGUGUUCCGAGCUCUCUGCACUGAAGGAACCAGCAGAGCGUCAGUCAAAGAAGAAGAGAAAGAAGAAUAAAUGUGAGACAAAAGACAAAGAUGAAGAACUUGUCUCGCUGGGAAAUGACAACAGUUCAACAAAAGAAGGAGAUGCUGACUCGGCGACGGAGGAGAAAGACAGCCUUGCCUUGCUGGAGGAGAUCCUGGGAGGGAUUUCGGUGCAUGAUGGCGACUUCUCGCAGGAAUGGAGGCAAGCCUUCGGAGAGGAGGCGGAGGUGACGGACACCGCCUCUUCUACGCCAAUGGAUGCUCCGUCCCUGUUCCUACCAUCUCAGCUGUUGGACCAGCACAACCUGCAGUCUGCUGGCUUCUCAGAUUGGAAUGUCCCACAGUCUGUCACCACGGUGACAGAAGACUCGCAUGGAGCCAGUCAGAAAAGAGCAUUUCAAGAGACAGGCGGGACAACCAAAGACCUCUCGGCGUGGUUCAACUUGUUUGCAGACCUGGACCCCCUUGCCAACCCAGACGCAGUGGGCAAAAGUGACGCCGAGCACACACUUCAUAACGCCUAGCUCCUCUCUGGCCUCCUCCCUGGAAUGAUACAUUCUGUCACUUCCACAAGACCACAAUCCUUCGCAUGAGUUCCACUCACCUGUGGCUGCAGGUAACCACCUCAACAAACUGAGGACUCCAUUUGUAGUCAUCGUCUGUCUCCCAGCAUGGUUACUUCAGCAUAUCGCCCCCUUGUGGACAGGGUUUUGUUUUCACGCUAUUUUAAGACUAUUUUGCUGUAACUUUUACGGACAACAUGCUUGGUUUAUUUCAUGCACACGUGUUGCCUCAGGGUGCUUUUAUAAGUAAAUAUUUAUUGUACUUGC